AUGCCAACACCUUUGCCUCCUGGGGAAUUGACUAUCUCAAGCUCGAUGGCUGCAAUGUCUAUGCAACCCAAGGCAGGACGCUUGAAGAGGAAUACAAGCAGCGCUACGGACACUGGCAUCAAGUUCAGCAAUAUGCAGCACUCACUGAUCUUCUCCGAGUCAGCCCCGGCAUACUUUGCGGGUACAGACAACAACACAGACUGGUACACUGUGAUGGAUUGGGUGCCGAUAUACGGGGAGCUAGCACGCCAUUCAACUGAUAUCCUGGUGUACAGUGGAGCAGGUAGCGCAUGGGAUAGCAUCAUAAACAAUUACAACUACAACACCCUUCUUGCACGCUACCAGCAACCGGGGUACUUCAACGACCCCGACUUUCUAAUUCCGGAUCAUCCGGGCCUUACGGCGAAUGAAAAGCGGUCGCAUUUCGCACUGUGGGCUUCGUUCUCGGCUCCUCUCAUUAUAAGCGCCUACAUACCCGCGCUCUCGAAGGAUGAAAUUGCCUUUCUGACGAAUGAAGCAUUGAUUGCGGUGGAUCAAGAUCCCCUGGCACAGCAGGCCACGUUGGCGAGUCGCGACGACACCCUGGAUAUAUUGACCCGUAAUCUGGCGAACGGCGAUAGACUGCUGACCGUGCUUAAUAAGGGUAACGCAACUGUAACGAGGGGAAUUCCAGUGCAAUGGCUGGGUCUGGUCAACACUGGCUGUACAUAUACUGUCGAAGAUCUCUGGAAUGGCGAUACCCAGAAGAUCGGCGAUCAUAUAAAGGUUGAAUUAGCCAGCCACGCAACAGCAGUCUUCCGGCUCAGUCUGCCAGACGAAUGUUCUUCGGUAGUCCCAACCGGACUCAUUUUCAACACAGCAUCGGGCAACUGUCUGGCCGCUACCUCAAAUUCUUCAGUCGCAUUUCAGUCCUGCAAUGGAGAGGACUCCCAGAUCUGGCGGGUGACGUCGUCAGGAGUCAUUAGUCCACUAUCGCAGACGACACAAUGUUUGACUGCCGAUGGAAGCUCAGUGAAGCUUCAAGCAUGUGACAGCACUGAGGAUGACGGCCAGAAAUGGACGUAUGCAGUCACGGGGAAUUUGAAGAAUGCAAAGACGGAUAGUUGCUUGACGGAGGGACCGGUGCAAAUGAAGUCGUGUCUGGAUGAGAGGGACGGUCAAGUAUUUGGCCUUCCGAGUGGCGUCCAAUUGUCGUAG